AGAGUUAGUGGCCAGGAAGACCAGGGGAAACAGUCUUUGGAAAGGCAACUCCGUGUGACGAGAUCAUGUGAUUUCUCUCCCCGCUUCCGCUCAGCCCACGGCUGCGGAGAGCCCGCCUUUUCCCCCGUCCGAACCGGGAGGGUAGUGAACGGAGAAGAUGCCAUUCCUUACAGCUGGCCCUGGCAGGUGUCCCUGCAAUACCAGGCUGGAGACUCCUUCUACCACCUCUGCGGUGGGAGCCUCAUCCACCCCAACUGGGUGAUGACCGCCGGGCACUGCAUCUCUCCAGAGUACAGCUACAGGGUGGUCCUGGGUGAAUAUAACCUGACCGAGGUGGAGGGCCCGGAACAGCAGAUUUUGAUCAACCCCGAGGACAUUGUCGUGCACACCUGCUGGGACCCCAGCUGUCUCAUCUGCGGGAACGACAUCGCCCUGAUCAAACUCUCCCGCCCGGCCGUUCUCAACGACAAGGUACAGCUGGCGUGCCUCCCCCCACAAGGAGAGCUGCUCGCCAACUAUCAUCCCUGCUACAUCACUGGCUGGGGCAUGAUCUACACCGGAGGCCCCAUGCCUGACGUCCUUCAGCAGGCGCUUCUGCCAGUCGUGGACUAUGCACAUUGCUCCCAGCCGGACUGGUGGGGAAUGGCGGUUAGAGAGAAGAUGGUGUGUGCCGGUGGGGACAUCAAAGCCGGAUGCAACGGUGACUCCGGGGGGCCCCUCAGUUGCCCAGCUGCUGACGGCCGGUGGUACGUUCACGGGGUGACCAGCUUCAUCUCGAUCUUAGGAUGCAACACCCCGCAGAAGCCCACCGUCUUCACCCGCGUCUCUGCUUUCAUCCCCUGGAUCGAGCAGGUAUUGCCCAGCCCCCAUAUCAGAGGGGAGG